UAAUUGUUGACACUGGUGCAUUUUAUUUUGCUGCUUACUAAAUGAUAAGUUACCUGUUCGUUCAGUAAAGGUUUUAUUUUAAAUAUUCAAUAUCAAUAUUUCCUCAAUGCAAUACCUGAAGCUUGUGGUGUUAUUGUUCUCACUCAUUUUCUUUAAAGCGUCACAUGCUGAACAUGAAAUACAAGAGUCCGACAACACCACUUGCCAUGAGAAGGUGCUAUCUUUUGCUGAUACUGUAGCAAAGUUCACAAAAUGUUCAAUUACGAAUGCCCGACCCAUAACAUUUUGUGAAAACUGUGUUGUCGAUUAUAUAAAUUCAGUUAAUGAACACAAGGAUAUAUUAUCUUCAAGUGACGUUAAUGGCACUUGCAGAUCACAAUGGAUAGAUCUGGAUAGAUUGCAACUUGUCGAAAGUGGUUUCCACAAUGUUAUUCAACUUUGGGAGAGGGCACAUUGUAUAAAAUGUUACGACUGGUUGGACAACACAAGCCAUCCAAACCUUUCCAAUGAAACUCAAAGAUUCACAAAGUUAUACACUGAAACUAUGUUUUGUAUAAACAAAUAUAAUAAAACAAAUUUUAAGGAAAACACUAUAGAUGAAGAAGAAAUAAAUCAGAAAUUAGUUUGUAUUAAAUGCAAACAAAAAUACAUAGACAUAAACAAUUUGUAUGAGUAUAUUAAGAUAAAAAAUGAAGACAUAUGUAUGGAUAUUGUAGAUCUUAUGAAUAAAACUAGAGAUUUGUGGAGCAAUAAUCUACAAUGUUGGGAAAGAGGGAAUCAUCCUGAACUUGCAUUUUAUUUAUCAACAUCCUUCGUUGCAACUCUGCCUAUAUUUUUUUACUUUAGUAUAAAAGUAUAUAAUAAUAGGAACAUACAACUAGUUUCAUAAAUUAUUCUAAAUUCUUAUUAGUAAGUUAUUUUAAUCAUGGCUGUGCUUUUAGUAAUGCUUUUUGCAAAUAUA